CCACAUCGGAACGCAACACCUUUCUCCCAUUUGUACAUAAAAAAAAGUGGUGUAAACCCUUUGAUCGCUGAACACCACGCAAAGUCCCAAACGCGAUUCGACGGAGAAGAAAAAAUGAUCGACCACGACGGAGGAAGCGCGUCGCUCGCCGUCGUCUACUACGACGGCAACCGCGAGAUCAACGUCGGCACCGUCGCGCUCGACGCCUCGCUCAGCUUCAAGAGCCUCCUCUCGCUCCUCAGCCAGAGGAUAGGGAUCUCGCCGCACCAGUUCACCGUCUACCUCGCCGCCGCCGGCACCGACCGCAAGAUUCCGGUCACCGCCAAGGUCAACCUCGCCGCCGUGCGCCGCGACGCCGCCGCGCACUACUUCUUCGUGAAGCGCUGCAAGCGCUCCAAGAAGGCUCCGAAGGACGCGAAUCCGAAGAAGGUUCCGCCGGAGAAGGUCUUGCUGCUCCGCCGCGCCGCCGCCGCCGCCGGGGAGCCUCCGUUCAGGUCGGCGUUCGCGGCGCCGAUUCUGGACCGCGCCGAGUACGAGAGAAGGAUUCGGAAUUUUCACAUGGAGAGAGAGUCUUUUCUGAUGAAUAUGAGCGUAGGAAGAGAAGCCGCCACCGCCGCCGCGGCGGCGGCGGCGGCGUGCGAUGUUUGCUUGAAAGCGAAGACGAGCGGAGUUGACGACGGUUUUCACUUGUGCGUGCAUGACGCGGUGACGGUAGGGUUCCGGUCGCCGGCGGGACCGAUUUCGCGGCCGGCAAGGAAUUCCGGCGAGAACGGUCCUUGAUUUGGUGAGGCGGUUGCGUUUUGUUUUUUACUCUGAAUUGUGCAUAAAAGAAAAGAAGGGAUAGUGAUGAGGUGCGGGCGAGUAUACGAUAAGGUAUACCAUAUACCGUGAAGUUAUGUGUUUGACAAUUAAUUAAUUAAUUCUUAGGUGACUAUACCCAUAGUAGUAUAUAAACCCUAAUGGGUUUUUAAUUAUUAUUAUUAUGUGGGGUUUUUGUAGGAGUAUUUAAAUUUUAGUUUUGGGUUUGGUUUCUACUUGUGUAAGAGAAGAUGGAGAAUGGGGGAAUUGAUAUGGUAGUGAUUAGGGCCUUGUCAGUUUGUGAAUGAAUGAGGAAUGAGAGGCAUCAAAUAAAUGCUUCCUCUUCUUUUGGCAUUGCAUAAUGCAUGUUCAUCUUUGCUUGGUAGUACCUCAUAAAGAUUGGAAAUACAUAAUUGUUAUCAUGUUAUGCUAGAAACUUCGUUUAUUUAGACCCUAUCUUGUUAUAAUAAUAGUGGUGUGUUUGGUUUUUGCA